AUGCCUUUUAUUUCUUUUUCAGAUACAUCAUAUAGAAGUCUUUCAAUAGUUACACCGAAUAAUCCAAGCAAUAUAAUUUUACCAUUUUUCUUUUUUAGAAACACACAGAAAUCUAUUACAUUAGAAGAAAAUAUUAAAGAAUUAGGUGUUGGAGCAUUUGCAUGUUCAUCGCUCGAAACAAUCGUACUCAAUAAUAAAAUUGAGAUUAUCCCACCAUAUUGCUUUUAUAACUGCAUUAAUCUGACAAAUAUCUCUAAUUUUUGCUGCAGCACCAUUUCUGAAUAUUCUUUUUGUGAUUGUAAAAAGUUAAAUACAAUAUCUAGUUAUGCAUUCGAGAGUUCAUCUCUAAACCUUUCAAUCAUCGAUGCCGAAUAUAUUUGGGAUUACACUUUUUCAAAUACAAAGAUAAGAUAUGUGACUUUCACAGAUAAUGUUUUAUUUGUUGGAUUCAAAGCAUUCUAUAAUACAGUAAUUUAUCAACUAAAUUUAGGACAAUCAUUGAUAAAGUUUCCAUCCUAUAUUUUCUCUAAUUCUAAUAUUACAGAAUAUUCAAUCCCAAAUAAUAUCAAAUAUAUUGAAGAGGGUUGCUUUUGUGGGUGCAAAAAUCUAACAACAAUUAGAAAUCUCAUCAAUGUGGAUUACAUCGGUGAUAGAGCAUUUGAAGGUUGUACAUCAUUGACAUUAUCAAAUGGAUUAUAUUAUAUCGGAUUUGACGCAUUUUCUAACUGCAAUUUAGUAACAUCAAUGAAAAUUUCAAAUCACAUACAAACAAUCAAAACUGGAACUUUUUUCAAUUGUACAUCAUUAUCAUAUUUUUUAUUCCCUGAAUCAUUGAUUUCAAUUGAAGAUGAAGCAUUUUAUAAUUGCAUUUCAUUAGAGAUAACUAGAUUACCACCUUCUGUGUCGUUUAUCGGGACCAUGGCAUUUGGAAAUUGCAAAAUUUUUCAAUAUCAUUCCAUUUGUAAUUCUAAUGUUAAAUUUGAAUUUGAUGCAUUUUCGAACUCAUUCAUAGAAAUUAUAAACAUUUCUUCAGAAUAUAUUUUUAUUAAUUCUUAUGCAAUUAGUAAUUGUCCAUUUUUGCAUACUGUUAUAAUUGAUGCAAAUAAUGGAAUUAUAGAACAUAGUGCUUUCUAUAACUGUCCAAAUCUUACAUUUAUUGAUUUUAAAAGUUCAAAACUUACUUUGUGCAGCUAUUGUUUUUUCAAUCUUAAUAUAUCUUCAUUUACAUUUCCGAGUGGAUGUAUCAGUGAACCUUCAGUUUUUAAAAACUGUACUAAACUUAAAACUAUUACAUUUCAGAGCAAUCAGAGAUUCAGCCAUUAUUUGGAUUCUAUCCUCCAUAUUCCAGGACUUGAAAAAAUAUAUUUUGAUGACAACACAUGGUCAUCUUAUUUAUCCGAUGAUGAUUGUGAAACACUGAAAGGAGUUGAACUAUAUUACACAGGACAAGAGAAAACAGAUGAAAACUUUGAUGAUUUAUUUGCAUAUUCUAUUUAUAAGAAUCGCCUAAAAGUUCACGUACCAUAUACAUAUAUUCUUGAUACAUUUUGUGAUGUUGAAGUUAUUCGUGAAAGAGAAACAAAUGGCCGACUAAUGCUUGAGAAUAUGGUAUUUUGCUAUCAAAAUAGCAGAAUAAAUGAACCCACAGUUCUUCAUGUGAGUCGAACACUUUCAAUUUUCAGCCAAAACCUCAUAAACGCUUUAAAAUCUUAA